AGGACCUCUUCAAGCUCUUUUCUUUGAGAUUUAGAUUUUUCCUGUAGCUUUGAGCGCAGGUUCUUCUUGAAAUCUAGUCUGCAGAUAUUCAAGGGUGUUGCAACAAAGAAAAUCCUCCUAAAUGCUGACAGAGACGUGUGGCCUGAUGGGAUCGGACGUCAGAGACCUGAGCACCCUGCUUCCAGCGGUCCCGAACGCAAACUGUUCCCUGCCCGUCGGCGGAGCUCCGCAGUGGGGACCGAUGCUGGACUUUCACCCUGCCUCCCCGUAUGGAUCUCUUCCCUCCCACUCCUUCAUCAAACAGGAGCCGGGCUGGGGGCCUGCAGACCCUCACGAGGAUCCGCACUGCGGUUUGGGGGCCUUCACCGUGCACUUCUCGGGGCAGCUCAUGGGGAUGCACGGGGCAUUUGCUGAUUCUCCGUCCAGUCAGAGCAGGAUGUUCUCCAGCGGGCCUUAUCUGCCAGGCUGCAUGGACAGCCCUCGCACCCAGGGUUAUGGUACAGUAGCAUUAGAUGGAGCUCCCAAUUACGGACACACACCUGCUCACCACACUCCACCAUUCCCCAUCAAUACCUUCAAACAUGAGGACCCCAUGUCCCCCCAAAGCACCAUGGGUGAACAGCAGUACUCUGUCCCACCGCCUGUCUACGGGUGCCACAGUCCUCCUGACAGUCAGAACCUGCUUUUGAGAAAUAGCUUCAACAGUGAUAAUCUCUACCAAAUGGCGUCUCAGUUGGAACGCGCUACCUGGAAUCCUGUCAGCUCACUGACACCCAGCAUAAAGAGUCACAGUGGUGGUUAUGAGGCCGAAGCGUCUGCAGGAGCUCCGCUGGUGUACAACUGCAGCACUCAGUAUCACAUACACACACAUGGUGUGUUCAGAGGAGUACAGGAUGUGCGGAGAGUACCAGGCAUCGCUCCCUCCAUUAAAUCAUCAGAGAACAGCGAGAAACGGCCUUUCAUGUGUUCUUACCCCGGCUGCAGUAAGAGAUACUUCAAACUGUCCCACCUGUAUACAACAUGCUUUCACAACAGGUCACACACAGGUGAGAAGCCCUACCAAUGUGACUACACAGACUGCGGCCGCAGGUUUUCCAGAUCUGACCAACUCAAGAGACACCAGCGCAGACACACAGGCGUCAAACCCUUUCAGUGUGAGACAUGUCAAAGAAAGUUUUCACGCUCAGACCAUCUUAAGACCCACACUCGGACUCAUACAGGUGAGAAGCCGUUUGCGUGCCGCUGGCCCAGCUGUCAGAAGAAGUUCGCCCGCUCAGAUGAGCUGGUCAGACAUCACAGUAUGCAUCAGAGAAACAUGAGCAAACUCCAGGCUGCUGUUUGAGACACUGUACAUGCACUGUAUAUAUAAACACACACACAUUGAAACACUCUCAACAGUUAAGACCUGUCAGUCAGUGAACUGCACUGCCGAUCUGAUAACAUGAAUCAUAGCAUCCCUAUAAGAGAGAAAAUGGUGCGAAUGCAUAUAUAAAUAUGGAGUUUUAUUGAAGUUUGCCUUAUUGUAUUUGACAUGGAACACUGCCAUUUGCUGAACAAUGUGUCUGCAUCAUUUUGGGUCAUCUCAUUUUGUACUUUUUCCAUUUGUAAUAGUUUUUUUUUUUUUUACAUAUAUGGACAGUUGAUUGCACUGGGUAUACUUGUUUUUUGUUUAAUUGGCAAGAUGUGCUGGGUCACUUUCAUUUCUUAAUUCGGAAAAUAAAUUGUGGAUGAGUGAGAAACGGC